UUUUCUAUUUCUUCCUCCGAUUCUAUUUUUUCUGCUAAGUGGCUAAUCAAAAGUACAAUUCUCAGUCCCAAAAACAAAAACAAAAAAUUCCUCGAUUUCUAUGAUUUCUGGUUUCUCUGAAGUCUUCUUCUGCCCAGAUCACUCAGUGGGAAGGAGAUAAGACACACACAAAAUCCUGCAACUUUUUAGAUCUUACAUACCCUUGAUCGAUUCCAAUUUGAUGCACUGAAAUUUCACCACAGAUUUCAAAUGGGUAUCUUGUUUACUCGCCUCUUUUCUUCUCUCUUCGGCAAUAAAGAAGCUCGAAUCCUCGUACUUGGUCUUGAUAAUGCCGGGAAAACCACAAUUUUGUAUCGUCUUCAGAUGGGUGAAGUAGUCUCUACUAUACCAACUAUAGGAUUCAAUGUGGAAACAGUGCAGUACAAAAACAUUAAAUUUCAAGUUUGGGAUCUGGGUGGGCAGACAAGUAUAAGGCCUUACUGGAGAUGUUACUUUCCAAACACUCAAGCCAUUAUAUAUGUGGUAGACUCAAGUGAUACUGAUCGGCUUGCAAUAGCGAAGGAUGAAUUUCAUGCAAUUUUAGAGGAGGAAGAAUUGAAGGGUGCUGUGGUCCUAAUUUUCGCUAACAAGCAGGAUCUGCCGGGUGCACUUGACGAUGCUGCUGUUACUGAGGCGUUGGAGCUUCACAAGAUCAAAAGCCGGCAAUGGGCUAUCUUCAAGACUUCUGCCACCAAAGGAGAAGGCCUUUUUGAGGGCUUAGACUGGUUGAGUAAUACACUGAAAUCUGGAAGUGGUUAACUUCUCUUUGAAGAGAGUGACGGGAAAUCAUGUAGCUGAUGAGGAACGAAAAUGCUAUCAUAUUUCGUAGGGAGUGUUACUUGUGUUGGAAGUUUCAGACUGGAGGAAACUAUAAUUGUUCAUCAUUGGUAAAUUUCGCCACAAAUAGACAUGUAUAAUUUUUUUUGUUCAUUAUUAUAAAUAGAAAAAUGUUGGAGAUUCCAUCAUUGAUCACAGCCAUACCCAAAUCCUUGGUGUCCAUGUUUGUAGCUUUGCCUAAUCGCUUAACUAUACUCGUACUUGGUGUUAUAAAAUGACGGGAUUUGUUCUCUUAGUA